AUGACACUGAACUUCUAGGCCUACUGAGUGACACAUGCAGCCAGGGAACCAUCCAUCUGAACCAGAGUCUCAGCUGUCCUGGGGCCAGGAUACCAACUGAAAAGCAAUGGGUUGUCACAGGCCACAGAAAGCCAAAUGUGGCAUCCACACGGCUAUGGAGAACCAGGGAACAACUAGUGUUCCUGUGAUACUUGAGGCCUGUGUUCAUGGGGGUCUUAUUUCCUGUUUUUAGGCCCUACCACAAGCCAAACUCAUUCUAUGAGAAGCUGAAGUCAGAACAUGAUGAGGUCAUGUUGCAACUGAAGAGAUUGGAGGAGGAGAACACCAUGGCCUCACAGAAGUUCAGUGAGCUGACCAAAGAGACGGUCUUCUAUCGGGGUCUGCAGAGCCGGCUCGUGAAGCAAGAGUCUCAGCUGGAGAAGAAGGUGGACAUGCUGAGGCAGGAGAAAAAGAAGCUGUUGGAGGAUUGGGACCUGCUGAAGAUCCGCUUGAAGGACUGGAAAGUGAUCUGUAAGGACAAAGAAGACACCAGUGACCUCAAAUCCCAGCAACAACAGGAUCUCAAAAGAUUAGAGGAAAGACUUCAGUUCCUGCUGAAGCAGAAGGAGCUGUUCACCCCCGAAAAAGACGUGGCAGAAAAGCAGCAGCAUCACUUUGAGGACUCCCAGAUGAGGUCCAAAAGUCUUCAAACUGAUCUGGAACUGGUCCCAGCCCAGGGUGAGAAGCCACCUGCAGAAGGAGCUGCUAGAGCAAGAGCCACCUAG